AUGAAACGAUCGCAUAGUCAAAACAAGACUGCCAAGAAACCACGAAUCGUGUGUGAUUCAUCUCCUCUUGAUCAAGAAGAAAUCAAAUCAUUCAUUCAUGAUGGAUUUGUACUGCUUCGUAAAGCUUUUACACCAGUAACAGCGCGAAAAUGUCGAGAAUUAAUCUGGGAGCGGCUCGCACAAGAUGGAAUUGGAAAGGAUCCGUCUACUUGGGUGGAAAGGCACGGCAUUCCAGAGUUAUACACCGUGGAGAAUAACCCUGUGUGGGAUGACGUGCUGACUCGACGUCUGAAAAGCGCAAUUGAUCAAAUUUGCGGUCAGGGUCGAUGGGAAGAUUUUGGUCUUGGAUGGUGGAUGAUUACUUUUCCAGAACAAUCAAAGCCACCAUGGGAUGCUGCUGGGAAAUGGCAUGUCGAUGGUGCAUCGUAUCAGCACCACAUUGAUAGCAAGGAAUCUGGACUUGUGGCAAUCUUUCUCUUUACAGACAUUAAUCCUGGUGAAGGUGGUACAGCAUUAUCUGUUGGAUCACAUAAGAAUGUUGCAAGAUUAUUGGCAGUGAAUGAACCGCGAGGAAUGAAAGGUGGGGCUGUGAGUCAUGAGGCUCGAAAGUUUGAACAUCAGAAUGUGGUGGAAGUGAAUGGCAAGGCUGGUGAUGUCAUGUUGGUGCAUCCGUUUUUGUUACAUGCUCGUAGCAAGAAUUUAGGACAAAAGGGAGUGGAUUCUGUGCGUAUUAUGUGCAAUCCAAAUGUAAAGCUGCAUCAUAGAAUGAACUUGAAUCGUGUAGACGAGAAUUACAGUCCCGUGGAGAAGGCUAUAAUCGAUGCUUUAGAUAUAUAA